GAAGUGGGUCUAGGGACUGCUUGUCUCAAAUACCGCAAAAAACUCUGCGCCCCUUACACUGAUUCACUCACUCUUUUCCUCACUCACGUCGCGGGUUCGAUUCCCCGCCAUGUUUUCGGAAAAAUAUCCACACAAGAGCACACGUAAUAUUAUAAUACUAAAGGCACGCAGGAGGUGAAGGAAGGAAUGCAGUUUGUAGUAGUAAGAAGAAGAAUAAUAUAACAAACCGGUGGUCGCGGGAUCGAGUCUCGGCGAUAUGCCUUACGCAGACAAUAGCAGCAACAGCAUGAAUAUGUCGUGUGCGUUUCAGAACAAUAAUUGUCCACCUCCGUUGUCAUCUGGUCGCAUGGCUGUAGCGGAGGAUGCACUGUACGAGCAACUGUGGAACGCCUGCGCGGGGCCGUUGGUUACGGUUCCGCAGGUCGGAGAGCGCGUGUAUUAUUUCCCGCAGGGGCACAUGGAGCAGGUUGAGGCCUCGACGAACCAGGGGGCUGAUCAGCAGCAGAUGCCGCAGUAUAAUCUGCCUUCCAAGAUUCUGUGCAAAGUCAUAAAUAUACAAUUGCGGGCUGAGAGUGAUACAGAUGAAGUUUUUGCUCAAAUUACUCUUGUUCCUGAAGCAGAGUAUAACGAUUCAUCUUCUUGUGAUAUUGAAUCUUUGUCAGCCUCGCCAUAUAGGCCUCGUGUGCAUUCAUUUUGCAAGACGCUUACAGCCUCGGAUACAAGCACCCAUGGAGGAUUCUCAGUUCUCAGGAGACAUGCUGAUGAAUGCCUACCACCGCUAGAUAUGAGCCAGCAGCCUCCAGCACAAGAGUUGGUGGCUAAGGAUCUUCAUGGAACAGAAUGGCGUUUUCGCCACAUCUUCCGUGGCCAACCAAGGAGGCAUUUGCUUACCACUGGAUGGAGUGUAUUUGUUAGUUCCAAAAGGCUUGUAGCAGGGGAUGCUUUUAUCUUUCUAAGGGGAGAAAGUGGAGAACUACGGGUUGGAGUCAGGCGAGCUAUGCGACAGAUGAAUAAUAUGCCAUCAUCUGUUUUAUCUAGUCACUGUAUGCAUGUGGGCGUCAUUGCAACAGCAUCACAUGCAGUUUUAACACAUACAAUGUUUACCGUCUAUUAUAAACCAAGGGUCAGCCCUUCUGAGUUUAUUGUUCCUCAUGCCAAAUAUGUGGAGACAUUCAACAAUAAUGUCUCUGUUGGAAUGCGUUUCAAGAUGAGAUUUGAGGGCGAGGAUGCUCCCGAGAGGAGGUUUAGUGGCACCAUUAUUGGUAUAGGUGAUGUCGAUCCAGUGAGAUGGCCAGGUUCAGCAUGGAGGUCCCUUAAGGUGCAAUGGGAUGAAAACUCAAUGGUUCCUCGUCCAGAGAGGGUCUCACCAUGGGAAAUUGAGCCAUUUGUGGCUCCAGUUACACUGAAUCCUUUGCCUGCACCCAGGAGCAAGCGACCUAGAGCAAAUACACUUCCAAUGUCUCCAGAUUUAUCAAUUCUGGGUUCAAGUCAGGCCUCUGGCGAUUCUAUGCAGGUUCCCAGAUUUACUAGGGUCUUGCAAGGUCAAGAGGCAAGGACCUUGGGAUCUGGUGACAGUGAUGCAGAAAACACUCAUAGUUCAAUGAUGUGGGGAUCCAAAUUGGAAGACUUUACAGCAGAUGAUCUAGGAGCAGUAAGGAGGGUGGGAUCUGAAAACUGGUUGCACUUACUGAAGAACCAAUUGCACUUUGCUGAUGGCUUUUCUGGACUUCAGGGUACAGGUGAGGUAUUAGAGUUCAGAGUGCCAUAUCUAAACCAAAAUAUGGCAAAUUACCAGAAAUUCAAGCCACCAAUGAAACAGUACCACCAUCAAGAAGAUAGCAAUUGUGAAACAUCAGGGACAGACUUGCAUUUAUCAAGUAUGUCAUCAAGAAUGCUAUCUCACAAUGCACAAAAUAAGAAAGAAUCAGAUUCAAAGUAUGCUGCUAUAUCUUCUAAACAAGGUUCAUUAGUACUGCGGGAUGGCUCAGAUGCCCCCCCCACUGUUCCUAGCUUUGGAGCUAAAGAGUCACCAGGGAGCUGGAUCAUGUCCCUGGUUUCUUCAUCACAACCAGAGGUUUCACUGCAAGUAGGCACAGGAAACGUUGAGGGUGACAAGAUCAUGCAACACGGUAAUCAGGGAACCAACAUGCAUCAAGCUGGUUUGCCUUCCAGAGAAAUGUAUAAAGAUAAGGGGCUUGAAGCUGGUGCAUUUUCUGCCAAAUUGUUUGGUGUUCAACUCAUUGAUAGUAUGCAUCUAAUCGGUGCAAAGAUAGGAGAGAGCAUAGAGCCUGUUGCUGAUGCCACAUGCACAAAUCCAUCACAAUCUGCAGGGUCUGAACAGCAGUUAGAACCAUUGAAGGCUGUAAAAUCUGAUCCAACUCCGAGUGCUGAGGUAAAAUUUACCCAAAUGUUGCCAAAAGAAACCUGUGGCAAGAUAUUGAAUAAUCCUACGAGGAGCUGCACUAAGGUUCACAAGCAAGGUAGUGCACUUGGGAGGGCAGUUGACCUGACAAAGUUUGAAGGUUAUGCCGAGCUCAUUCAUGAACUUGAGCACAUGUUUAACAUAGAAGGGGAACUCCAAGAUGAGAGUAGAGGGUGGCGGGUUGUCUACACAGACGACGAAGGAGACAUGAUGCUUGUGGGAGACGAUCCAUGGCAGGAAUUUUGUAGCAUUGUGCGCAAAAUUUUCAUAUAUACUUCUGAAGAGGUAGAGAAAAUGACCCCUCGGAGUAUGAAGCUUCAAGGAUGCUCCGAAGAUUUAGCAGGUACAAGAGAAACAUCCAGGUGUUCUGAUCUCGGAGAAUCCACUGUUCCUUCAUCUGCUGCGGAACUUAAAUCCAAUGUCUGAAGCUUUUUCACGAUUCUACGAGAGUUCAUGUCUUGCAAGGCUUCUCAUUCAUCAAUUUGCAAAUAUUGGUUGUCUAUGAUGAGGGUUAAGAGAUGGGAGAAUCAGGAUGUUUUAAAUUAGAUUUGGACUCUAUCAGCAGGUGUCUAGUAAGAUUUUCGGCCUCAGUUUUGAAAUUUGAAGGCACCCAUGAUCCCUUAUUUUACCGUCAACAACAUAAGGGACAUGGUGCAUAUUGGAAGAACUGUUAUUGUACAUGCUCUUAAGUAUUUUCUGAACUGUUAUGUUUAAGGUAGGGGAUAUGAUUCCCCAGUUUUGGUCUCAGUAUAAUCCUUAAAUGAACCGAUAUAGAUAGGUAUGUUGGCAAUCUUAUAUUAACCAGUUUAUGGGGAUUGCUGACAAAAUACAGAGGAAAGAUGUUUUGAAUUUUGUUUCUAUGGUGCUUUUGGAUAAUUUAGGCGAUAAAAAAUAUUGCGAGGUCAUACUUUCCUAUUUAGGUUGUUCUCUUGUUUGUGGUUGAACGCAACCGACUGCUGAGUUUUGUCUUGAGCCUAUGCGUCGUUAGUUUGAAGGCACUGUAAAAGAAAUAUCCCUGGCAAGAAAGGGAGCGUGCCUAUGAACUGGUAGACGUUAUGUAACAUAGGCUGAUGGUUGCUUUUACAAACCAACUAGCUUUUGGCAAUUUGCUUUACCCGCUGGAGUUAUCUGGGUAAGAGGCAAUCUUCUACCGUACAGCUGUAAAAUUCAUGUAUUUAAUCUCCAAUUAAUAAAAAUGUACACUGUUGCAUUGGCUC